AUGUCGGAGGAUAAACAAAAGGCUUCCGCUAGUACAAAUGAUGAGUUGAGUCAUGCAGGAACUCUAGAUAAUUUCUCUCUGGAUAUUUGUCAUAUUAAGUUGGAUGGUACCAACUAUCUGAGUUGGUCUCGUACUUUUACCUUGGCUAUCGAGGCCAAAGGGAUGUCAGAGUUCAUUGAGAGUCCUGUUACUCCACCUGUUGAGGCGGUUGAACUCAAGAAGUUUAAAUCUCGAAAAUCAUUAGUCAUGACUUGGUUGUUUAACUCUAUGAGAGCUGAUAUUCGUCAUACUUUCCUGCUGCUUGAUACUCCACAUCAGAUUUGGACUACUGCCGUCCAAACCUAUUCUCAACAAGGUAAUGAUGCACAGUGUUUUGAGUUGAGGAAGAGGCUCCGUACAUUGGAGCAAAAUCAUCGUUCUGUUGCUGUGUAUUUUGCUGACUUAAAUGGAGCUUGGGGGGAAUUUGAUUACUAUCAGGGUUUUCAGGCUGUUUGUGCUGUGGAUGCUGCUAAUUGGCUCAAAAGGAUGGAAAAAGAGCGCGUUUAUGAUUUCCUUGCUGGUCUUGAUUUGGAGCUUGAUCCGAUUAGAGUGCAGGUGUUGGGUCGUGUUCCGUUUCCAUCCUUGGGAGAGGCCUAUUCUAUUGUUCAGCAGGAGGAGAGUAGGAGGGGUGCUAUGUUGCACUCUCCUAUUUCUGAUCAUUCUACCCUGGUUGCUACUCCUCAAGGUCAUUUUGGUUCUGAUAGUGAGCCUAUUUUUCAGGGUGGCAAGUCUCAGUCUGGUACUAGCAGUGGGCCUCCUGAUCGUGCGUCACUCCAGUGUGAUUAUUGCCACAACACAGGUCAUACCAGGGAUUUUUGUUGGAAGCUACAUGGCAAGCCCUCUCGUGGGCGCGGGGGUGGACGCGGUGGCCAUGGUCGUGGUCCGGUGCGUUCUCGGGCCCAGGCCCGUGUUUCGGAGUCUACAUCUAAUCAUAUUGGUGGUUUCUCUCAGGGGGAGAUACAAACUCUCAGGCACCUUAUGGCUCGGGCUAAUUCUUCAUCUACUAUAGCUUCCUCUUCUACAGCAGCUCCUACUUCAUCCUAUUUUGCUCACACAGGAACUGGAUACGGGGAAGGUGAUUGGCAGUGGUAAAUCAUAUGGUGGCCUCUAUUUUUUGGAUUCUGCACCUCGUCCACCCAUGUCAUGUGGUCUUGCUCUACAAGCAGAUACGGGUGCACCUCUUAAUAUGUUACAUCAGUGGCAUCGUAAAUUGGGUCAU